AUGACUAACCGUCUUCUCAUAUAUGGACUUAUAUUGUGGGUUAGUAUAAUCGGAUCACUUGCAUUCGACAGAAACAAAGGUGCCCAAAAUGAUAAGGUAGGCCAACAAGAUUCCACUCUGUCCACAACCGAACCUGCAACGAACAUACAGGACGAGUUUUCCUCACUAUUAUCUACCGGUUCCUUAAGCAGCCGUGAUUUGAAACAAACCUCUAAAAACGAAAUACGGCAGGCUGGAAUACAAGGAACUAGUAUGGAAAAAGAGGAAGGUGCAUUGACACAACCUGUAAAUCCGGUGAACCCGGGCGAUUCGAGUAACUCAUUUCUGUCUUUUGAUGAGUGGAAGAAAAUGAAGUCAAAAGAACACUCAUCAUCAAGCCCUGAGCGGCAUAUUGCUCGAGUUAGAGAGCCAGUCGAUCCGUCAUGCUAUAAAGAAAAAGAAUGUAUAGGAGAGGAAUUAGAAAUCGAUUUGGGAUUUUUGACUGCCAAAGAUGAAUGGAAUGAAGGGGGAGAUGAAAAGCAAGAAAACAUAGAGGAAAAGGAAAGUAUAGGAAACGUAUAUAAAAAACAAUUCAACUACGCGUCUUUAGACUGUGCUGCAACAAUUGUCAAAAGCAAUUCAGAAGCGAUUGGAGCAACUUCUAUCCUAAUUGAGAGCAAAGAUAAGUACCUGCUAAAUCCAUGUUCAGCCCCGCAGCAGUUUGUUGUUAUUGAGCUUUGUGAAGAUAUCCUAGUUGAGGAGAUCGAUAUUGCCAACUACGAAUUUUUUUCAUCAACUUUCAAAAAAUUUAGAGUUUCAGUUUCUGAUAGAAUACCGGUGGUUAAGAACGACUGGACCAUAUUGGGAGAGUUUGAAGCGGAAAAUUCUAGAGAAUUACAAAGAUUUCAAAUACAUAAUCCUCAGAUUUGGGCAAGUUAUUUAAAAAUCGAGAUUUUAUCUUAUUAUGACGAUGAGUUCUACUGUCCUGUAUCCUUAAUUAGAGCAUAUGGUAAAACGAUGAUGGAUGAAUUUAAGCUCGAUCAACUUAAAGCCCAAGAAGAUAAAGAGCAACUCAUAGCUGAAAAAAAUAUAGAUAAUUUGGCUGGAAGCAACAUCCAGGAAGAGUGUAACAACAUAGAGACACACUUGGAGGCUAUAAAUUUGAACGCGAUGUCGAAUAUAGCCGGAGCGUUAUCAUGCACUUCAAAGCUUAUUCCUUUGAAGUUCGAUGAAUUUUUCAAGGACGUAAACGCGUCCUUUUGCCCCCCAAAGCAAGCCAUAUCAUCAUCAUCAUCAUCUGUUGUUCCAGUAAUUCCAGAAGAAUCUAUCUUCAAAAACAUUAUGAAAAGGUUAUCUCAAUUAGAGACAAAUUCUAGUUUGACAGUUUCUUAUAUCGAGGAACAGAGCAAAUUGCUAUCCCGAUCAUUUGAACAGCUUGAAAUGGUCCAUGAGGCAAAGUUUGGUCAUCUUGUCACUGUCUUUAACAACACUAUGAUGAAUAAUCUAGAUCUACUAGAAAACUUUGCUAAUAAACUGAAAGAUCAAUCACUACGGAUACUUGAAGAACAAAAACUGGAAAAUGACAAGUUUACUAACCGUCAUUUAUUGCAUUUAGAAAGGUUAGAAAAGGAGGUAAGUUUUCAGAGAAGAAUUGUUUAUGCUUCAUUUUUCGCUUUCGUGGGCUUAACAUCCUAUCUAUUAAUAACAAGGGAGCUUUACUUUGAGGAUUUCGAAGAGAGCAAAAAUGAUUGUAUUGAGAAACCGAAUAUUGUUCAGCAAGCCAUCAGGUGA